UAUUCAAAAAGUUUGAGGUUAGAAUGCUCUGUUUAUGCUUUGUUAAGUUAUUUAAUAGGUAUUUAUUUAAUUUCGUAUUGUGAAAAUAUGGUUGUGACAAUGUCGACACGAAAAAGACGUUGGUUAUCAAAAAUAUAUAGUGACUCUCAAGAAACCAACACCGAUACUGAUAUUUCAUGGAGCAGUUCUGAUUCCAACACUGAAGACACCACACAUAGCUUUCCUCGAAAGAAAAUGAAAGUCACAAGGUGGCUCGAAUUACACGACCUCGAAAACAGAGUAAGAAACGUGAACAUGACUCCACCUCGGCAAAUCGACGUAUUCUUAGAAUCGCCUGUAAUUGGUGAAAUAAAACCCGAAGAUCAGUCCCCAAUUCUCACCCAACGUGAGUUCAGUUUUAGCCAAGAACAGUCCCCAAUCAUCCCCAGGCAGAGAAUUGUCAAAAAAAUCAGGUGGCGACGAAGUAAGAAAAAAAAUGAAACGAGAACUCAAAUUAUUAACGAGGACUCUAAUUCCCCAUCUAACACUCCGACACAAGACAUAGCCCCCGUCUCAAGCCAACACAUCUCAGAAGUGAUCUCAAACGCCUCCAGUUCGCACUCUGACCCCAAGGCUUUGUACCAUCAGCCCCCUCCUCGGAGAAAACGCCCCAGAAAGGGUACUCUCGCUGAUCAGUUACAGAAAGCUGUAAAAUUGCAAAGUAGCAGUUGUGCUAUUUGGCAACACGAAAUGUUUUUAAGUAAAACAAAAGGGGAAGAAAAUGGGGAGGAAACAGAGUGUCAUGGAAGGGAAGGAGAUUUAUUCCCUAAAGUUGGCAUUCCUGGACUUGAAAAUUACAGUAAUUUUCUUGUAACUGUGGGUUUGCACAACCCUUCAAAUAUUGGUUUUCAGCCAAAUGAAACAUAUCGAAUUUUUCCGCCUUAUUUAACUAAACUCGUGACAUAUGAGUCAAAACAAACCCUUUGUUUCAUAGYUGGAUGUAGGUUUCUGUCUUUGUAAAUUGUCCUUGGCAAAAAAAUGAAAUAAAAAGAGUCCCGAGUUU